AUGUCGGCGGCUGAUCGUUCUCUCGCACACACCGCGGCGCAGCGCCAAACCGGGCGGUCCCGGACCGCAGCCCCGACUCCCGGCACCGGGGAUCUAAGGAGUCUUCAGGAGCUGGUGAAGCUGGAAGGUGUGGGAGCACUGGGGCAGUAUGAUGAGAAGGGAUGCACUCCUGCCCACUGGGCCGCUCUCAAUGGAUCCGCCACCCUCCUCACCUACUUGGUGGACUGCAAGGCACCCGUCAAUCUGCCCUGCCGCUCGGAACCCGGCCAGAGACCCAUCCACUGGGCAGCUGUCAGCGGGUACUUAGGGGUCAUGGACAUCCUGCUGGAGGCGGGGGUUUGGCUGGACGAGAGGGAUCACAGAGGGUGCACAGCUCUGAUCAUCGCUGCACAGUACGGACACAUCACCCUAUGCUGUUACCUGAUGGGGAAAGGAGCCAGUCUGCAAAUGUGUGACCACGAAGGAGACUCGGCACUGCACUGGGCGGCAUUUCAUGGACACUGUGAACUGACUCGCCUGCUGAUAUAUUCUGGCUUCGAUCCCAGACAACCAGAUGCUUUUGGUCAGAUCCCGCUACAUUUAGCUGUCCUGAGUGGGGAUUUCCUCACAGUCCAGGUGCUGUGUGACCAGGAUGGGAUAGCAUUAGAAACUGAAGAUAUAAAUGGCAACAUACCUCUGAAACUUGCAAGGAGUCGACAGAACAAAGACAUAGUCAUGCAUUUAGAAAAGACCAUCGGUCAAUCAAACAGUCUGAUUCCAAGGUUUGACUGGAGUGCAUUGAUCUUUGGCCCACCUGAAAAGUCAAAAGGACCAGUUCUUUUCUUUUACGGCUGCAUUUUGUUAUGGGGCUACCCAUCUUAUUUCACAAGGAUUGUCUCGAUCUCCUUGGACAAGCUCUUGGGCUUCCAUAUCACCUUCUUGAUUGGCAAUGCACUGAUGUGGUAUCUCUUCCUAAAAGCUUCCCUGAUGGAUCCUGGUUUUCUUCUAAGAGACAGCGAGGAAUACUAUCGUGCCAUUAGACAGGCGGUUUAUUUUGAUCACUGGAAGCGAGGACAAAACCCACUGAGCCGGUUGUGUCACGUAUGCCAGCUCGUGAAGCCCCUUCGAUCCAAGCACUGUCGGGUCACUAACCGUUGUGUGGACUACUUUGACCAUUACUGUCCUUACAUCUACAAUGAUGUAGGCUGCAGAAACCGCUGUAUAUGGCAGCAAUCAAUCUAACAACAAAUGAACGCAUGAACCAGGAGAAGUACAGUUACCUUCAUGAUGAGAAUGCACAGUUUCGAAAUCCAUUUAACAGGGGGGUUAAACUGAACCUGCUGGAGUUCUUUCACCUCAUCGAGCCACAGAAGGAGGACAAAGUAAUGACCCUGGAGGAACUGUGCAUCAUCUGAAUAGCACUGGGGAGACUUGGUCAAACAUAUCGGGCAUCAUACAGCAUAUGAAGGAUGGAAGCACAAACCUGUAAACUAACACCAAAUUUGCUGGUAACUAACACCAUAUCAGAACAGCAAUUCCAACAAUGGCAACAAUGAUAACUGCUUAUAAGGAGCAAAUUGGUUUAAAUGUUAAAGUUAUGGAUUUUCCCAAGGAUACAAGUAGGUGAUUCAAUUCAAUGUCACUUAAUCUUCUAAUAAGGUACUAACUGAACCAUUGCACAUGCAGAUUUCACUCCUCAAACAGAAGUAAGACAAAACAGCUGAAACUUUAAACUGAGAUCCCACCUGUUCAGGUGAGAUUUACAAUCCCAUUGCAUUAUUUCAAAGCAAAGCAGGGAUUUCUCCUUAUGUCCCAGUCAUCCUUCAACCAACCUUGGAGUGUUGCAAAUGUUGGCUUGUGAGUUAUGUAUUAUCACGCCCAUGUUGUAAUACCAUGAAAUAAUUUGUGUUUAUAUUCACACUAUAUACUUCAAGUUUCAUAUAAAAACAAGUUUGGGGUACAGGGUGUUGCUAUUUUAUAUCUGAACCUAUGGUAUGAUGAAGCACAUUAAAACAAGGCUGGACUACACUUGUAACUCGUGGCACAAAUGGGCCAAUUGACCACUUUCGGUGCCGAAAAACAGGGGCAGAGACUCAAAACGUCUUGCGGUCUUUGUCUUUAACACGACGGGUCGAAUGGCAUUCUUCUGUGCUGUAGAUUUCUAACAUCAUUAUCUGACCAUUGUUUGUAAAAUUCCUAAAUUCAGUCUUAAUUUGCUAGGAUUUUUUCCACACCUGAUAACUUAAGACUGAAUUUAAUUUUUUUCAAAAAUUCUUAAGGUUCUCAAGGCUAUGACCAUGAGGAAUAUCAGACAUCAGGAAAAUUACUGUAGCAGGUUAGUGAGACACGAAUAAACUCCUGGGUCCCUCCUGAUGCCUGGUUUUUGUGGCACUAACAAGCCAUUAAUUUUUGCUAUCUUGUUAAAUGUUCCUGUAAUUUCCUCUUCCUGGAUCAGUCACUUUGAAAUGUUCACAAGAUCACAAUAAAGGUUUGGAUGAAGAAGGUCAUUCAGCCCUUUUAUUAAAUAGACUGUUGCAGUAUAGAAACUGGCCUUUCAGCCUAACUAGUCUGUGACGGUUUAUACUCCAUUCAAGCCCACACCCCUCCCAAUCCCAUCUUCUAUACCCCUCUAUUUCCUUCUCCAUCACCUAUACAUCAAGUUUCCUCUUAAAUAUAUUGAUGCUUUCUGCUUCAACCACAGUUCCACAUUCUCUGUAACGUAAAGAAAAGUCUCUGUUAGUGGCUCUCUUAUAUUUCUGCCCCUAUAUUACUGACACAAAGUGGAAACAAUGUAUUAAUGUUCACCUUAUCAAAUUCUUUCUUAAUUCAAAAUUUCUCAACCAAGCUUCCUCUAAAUAAUUUCUUCUCCAGAAAGAAAAUCUCCAGCCUGUCCAAUUUUUUUUUAAGCUGUAUCUGCUCAUCCUUGGUAAUUUCCUAGUAAAUCGACACUGUUCUCUCUCCAGUGUACACUAUUCUUCCCAUUGUAUGCACACAAUAUUCCAAUAUGGUCUGCCCAAGGUUUUAUAUAAAUGUAAUAUUACUUCCCUACUUUGAAUACUUCUUCUUUUAAUGCUUCUUCUGGACUUAAAGCCAUGGACUCUAUUUUCUUUCUUUAUGGCCUUGCCCACUCUUGUUGCUGUUUGUAAGAGUCUUGUGAACCUGAAUCCCUAGAUCCAUUUGCUUCUCUACCCCUUUUAGGUUCUUACUCUCCAGAAUGCAAUAGGCUUCUUUAAUCUUCUCACCAAAGUGAAUCCCUUCAUAUUUCUUUGUUUCAAACUACUUCUGCACCUUUCAACCCAUCAUUGAUCUCCUCCUCCCAUCACAGCACUGUUUAUUUUUAAAUGAAGCCACGUUUCCUGGAAACCUGUACAAGUCAUUAAUUACUCGCUGGGUAAAGAAACACUUUCUUUACUUUCUGUGCUGAAGUUCCCCUUUGCAACUGCAAAUCUGCAUCCCCUUGUUCUGCCAUCUCGGUGCAUCUGAAAGUAUUCUUCUGUUUACUUUCUCAAUCCCAUUUAAAAUAUUAAUAAAUCAGAACUGAUUACAGUGCAUCCCCAUUAUAGUGCACCUCACUAAACUCAGGCUCAGAUAUAGGGACCAACAUAGUGUACACAUGAUAUACUAUUGGCUUCUGACAACCUCAGAAACAUUUGCAAUUGUAGAUGACUAGUCAGCUUCCUGUGCAUGAUGUGCAGGAGCAGCAGGCUUGGUGAUAUCAAUUGUUAUGUCUGAAAUAAGUACAAGUUGCCAUGCUGUCAUGCACCCUAACUAUAACACAGACUCAUUUUAAGGGCCUACAUUUCCACAUUAUAUACGGAGCUGCACUGUAUAAUUUCAGCUUGUCAAACUUGUAACCAGAACGCACAACCUGUGUCACUUUUGUCUAAAAUGAUAUCCACACAAAAGAGAUGGACACUAUACGGGAUUGAAUAAACAGCAUAUAAUGCUAGCACAUUAACACCGAAGCAUGAAAUGAAUCAACUGUUUUUGCAUUGCUCUCUAAUCUAUAAUUUAGGCUUCUUAUUAGCUGUAUCUUCAUCAUUUUACAGUACUGUACUAAUAUAAUGUUAGCAAAAUAUCAGCAAAAAUAAUUUCAAAUUUCUAUCAGAGAGACCUCACAAUGUUCAAAACAGCUUCCACUCAUUUUUUAUGUGUUUAAAAAAAAGGGUAGAUUGUCAAAAAAAAUUAUUGUUUCCAGUUGAAAAAGUAACACAAGUGUAUUGAAUAUGAUGUGGAGGACAGUGUGAUGUGAUUACUUGUAAAACUACUGCACCCUAUAUGUGAAUUAUUAAGUUGUCCUCUUAGCCCCACUUUUCACCCACAAAAUAUAAAAUUCAUUUUACAAUAUAUUCUGUGAAGUACUUUGAGACAUCUCAAAGACCUGAUAAGGCGCUAUAUCAAAAAUGCAAAGAUUAUUAUUAUUAUUGUACAAAUAUCCACCAUACCUCACUGCUAACAAUGGCAUAUAUACUGUAUAUGUUGAACACUAUGUAUAAAUUGGUUUAAUAAGCAAAUGUCCAACUUAUCAAAUCACUAUUUUGCCUUAAUAUCUCACUGAAGCAUGAUUAAGUUUGUCUGAUGCUUUCAUGUAUAAAAUGACCUUAACUCUUCAAAGAAACUAUGCACAAAAAUGUUCAUUCACAAAAUGUACACACACCUGUUUUUAAUGUAUUCAGAAAAAUAUCAAAGUUUACAUUGAGCAAUUCCUUUCAUGUUCAAUUUGACUGACCUUUUGGCAUCUGGCUAUAAUGUGUUAAUAAAAUCAAACCAUUAUAGAUUUGACCAGUAGAAAAUGAGCAUCAAAGUUCAUAAAUUUGCUGACAAAGAAUCUCGCCCCUUGGGGGGUUGUUCUUUGCACAACAAUGCAAACAGCUCCUUCCUCCAUUUAACCUCCCAUUCCCCCCACCCAAGGCCCACUUUCGGGCCAGAUGAUGCUAAAAAUGAAAGAAAACUAUUCCUGUAGAUACUGAUCGAUACAGUAUAUAUGAUUUUGAAAGCACCUGAGUAUAAUAAGCAGCUAGAAGGACAACUUAAUGACCUCCUUGCUUGCUGUCUCAGAAACAAAACUUUGAGGCCAGAAAGACUUGAGAAAAGAAUAUCAGGAAAUUUGACAUUGGGGAAAACAGUUAUCUUUGAAUUAACUAUUUAAAUGGUAGCCUUGUUGGAAGACUUCUUGCUUCCGUCGCACGUCCCCCGAUGUGAAAGGCGCUAUACAAAUGUAAUUUUGUUGUUGUUGCACCCAAUGAACAAUUUGAUAUUUUAUUAACACCUGAUGCUGAUUUAACAGCAGAGGGCACCAGUCAGCUGUUACGCUGCAGAUAUACUGGUUGAAUUUUCGGCUAAAUCCUCCUGCAUUUUUGUUUGCAUUUGCCCAGAAUUAAAUUUGCACAGAAUGUUAUUUCGGAUAUAAAAGCUAAUAAGAUUCAACACAAUACAAUGCAUGUGUUUUGCACAGGAAAGCGAGCACUUCAAGCAAAAAAUUACAUUUUAAAUAUGCAUUCUGUCUUCAUGUGAACUAUGCACAGCAGAGAUGCAAUUAAAAAGGAAACUAAUUUGUUCAUUUAAGUACAGGGCUAAUUUGAAUACUAUGUAGAAUUGUGUAACUAUUAUUGAGAGCUUGCUUGUCUUCCCUGUAACUAUUAAUAUAAUAAAUAUUGUUACAAGGAA